AUGAUCUUCAACGGCUUCGAGAUUAUGAAGCCCGAUGCACCAUUAUCUGAUGAAGUGAGCAGCGAGGAAGCCGUGGAGAAAAGAAACAAGAAGCCCUGUAGGCUCCGCUCGCCGCCGAUGGCAGCUGGCGACGGUUCGAGCAUCGAGCUGGCGAAACGGCCGCGCGGCCGCCCGCCUGGUUCAAAGAAUAAGCCGAAACAGCCGGUGUCUAUAACUGCUUCGGCGGAGCCUUCGCUGGCGAUGCAUCCGCACCUGCUCGAAAUUCCCGGCGGCGUUGACAUCGUCGACUGCCUCGAGCGAUUCUCAAAGCAGAGAAAACUAGGGAUCUGCGUUCUUUCGGCGACCGGAGUCGUGACUAACGUCAUGCUCCGGCAGCCCACGCCUACUACGCCGGCGGAGGCUGCGGUAAUCGUGUUUCACGGGCGAUUUGAGAUCUUAUCCAUGUCGGCGACUUUCUUGCCGCCGGCGAUGGCCGCUGCUGGCUUCGGAAUAUCGAUUUCGCUUGCGGGGUUACAGGGGCAGAUUGUUGGGGGGAUGGUGGCGGGGCCGCUUGUUACGGCAGGGGUCGUGGUGGUGAUGGCGGCGGCGUUCAUGAAUCCGAUUUUUCAUAGGCCGCCUGUCGAGAACGAGGUUUCGGAUUCUGGCGGCGACGUAAAUGGAGAGGAGCAGCAGCAGCAUUACUAUCAUCUCUUGCAUCAACGUCAACCCCAUUCCACGGCGCCGGCGGCGGAGUUUUGUGGACUGACUUUCUAUGGCUCUCAUUUCUCGCCUCAUAUCACAAUGCCCGGCGACGCGCGUGCUCCGCCUCCUCCGCCGUAUUGA